UUGCAGCAUGUACUCCUUCCUAGCAUCCAGCUUCUCCUGCACACAUGACCACUCCAGAGUCAAGUACUUGCCCCUUCUCCGGCACCAGGUUCCUGCGGUGCACCGUGGCGGGCUGCUUCCUCUUCCUCCUGUGCCUUUGAUGCAGAAUGCCUCAUGUCAGAUACCUCUGGUGAACAGCUUUCCCUUUCCUGGGCACCCUGGCGUGAGGAAUUCCGUGGCUUACAGAAGAGAUGAAAUGUGGUCUGAGGGACGAUAUGAAUAUGAAAGACUUCCGAGAGAACGAGCAUCUCCUCGAAGUCAUCCCAGUGAUGGCUACAAUAGACUAGUUAAUAUUGGGCCAAAGAAACCACCACUGCUAGACAGACCUGGUGAAGGAAGCUACAAUAGAUAUUACAGUCAUGUUGAUUACCGAGACUAUGACGAGGGCCGCAGUUUUUCUCAUGAUCGAAGAAGUGGUCCACCUCACAGAGGAGAUGAAUCUGGUUAUAGAUGGACAAGAGAUGAUCAUUCUGCAAGCAGGCAACCUGAAUACAGGGACAUGAGAGAUGGCUUUAGAAGAAAAAGUUUCUACUCUUCCCAUUAUGCAAGAGAACGGUCUCCUCAUAAAAGAGACAAUGCUUUUUUCAGAGAAUCACCUGGUGGCCGAAAGGAUUCUCCACACAGCAGAUCUGGCUCCAGUGUCAGUAGCAGAAGCUACUCUCCAGAAAGGAGCAAAUCAUACUCUUUCCAUCAGUCUCAACAUAGGAAGUCCGUGCGUCCUGGUGCAUCCUACAAACGACAGAAUGAAGGAAGUUCUGAAAGAGACAAAGAGAGGCCUGCCCAGUCUUUGAAAACAUCAAGAGAUACUUCACCCUCAAGUGCUUCAGCGGCUUCUUCAUCAAAGGUGUUAGACAAACCCAGUAGGCUAACUGAAAAGGAACUUGCUGAGGCUGCAAGCAAGUGGGCUGCUGAAAAGCUAGAGAAAGCAGAUGAAAGUAACUUGCCUGAAAUUUCUGAGUAUGAGGCAGGAUCCACAGCACCAUUAUUUACUGACCAGCCAGAGGAACCUGAGUCAAACACAGCAGAUGCCAUAGAAUUAUUUGAAGAUAGUCAGCUAACCAGUCGCUCUAAAGCAAUAGCAUCAAAAACCAAAGAGAUUGAACAGGUUUACCGACAAGACUGUGAAACUUUCGGGAUGGUGGUGAAAAUGCUGAUUGAAAAAGAUCCUUCAUUAGAAAAGUCUAUACAGUUUGCAUUGAGGCAGAAUUUACAUGAAAUAGAGUCUGCAGGACAGACUCAGCAGCUGGCGCCCCAUGUGAUGAAUGCUGCAACGGAUCAUGUCGGAACCCUCAAAAAUGAAGGUGAAGAGACUGCACAGUCAGCCCUCUUUGGAUUCCAGCACAAUGCAUCAAACAUUACCACGGUGCAGCCAGAACCCAACCCAGUACCAGAAGUGAAGGAAGUGACCCCAAAGAACCUACAGUCCCAGAGGUUGCGGCUUCGCCGGACGGCACAAGCCCCAUCUAUCACCUGGGGGGUGCUGAAGAAGACGACUCAGGAGGCUGAACAAAUCCUGCUCCGGACACAGACACCAUGCACUCCAGAUAAUUUAUUCCUUGCUAUGCUUUCUGUUAUACAUUGCAACUCCUGUAAGGUAUUAACCUUUCUUAUUCUCUCACUUUGCCUUCAACCCGUACCUGCUACACUCUAUUGGGCUCAUCGCCUAGAUCGGCCUUUCUUCCACCCUGUUACCUGGGCAGACACUCCCUUCCCAGCCUCUAAUAAUGUAACUGCUUGGCUAGGAGGGAUUGACUUACCCCGGGUAGGGUUCCUCAUUAAUGACGCACAUUGGACUAAGGUGCCAGGUAACACUAUAUAUCACUCCACUCUCCUUCCAUUGUGUGUAAGUUAUAAAAGUUCUAACUCUGACUGUGUACCUGCCCAAACACAAUUAUUGCUACAUCAUGGCAAAGGAAAUGCCUUAACGUUCUUGGUUGUAGGUAGCCUCAAACUGGGCAACGCAACUAAUGCCACCUUCCCCAAAGAACAAACCCAAAGUGGAUUCCACUUUGGCUGAGAGGUCUGUCAUAGGGGACAAGCCUGUAGCCUCCAGUUAGGCAAUCAUGACAUCAUAGACUGGAGCCCUCAUGGCUGUUGCCAUCAGUAUGGGCAACCAUACUGAUGUUUGUGUCCAUUGUGGCAUCAAUUACAGUUUCUUUUUUUUUUUUUGAGGUGGAGUUUCGCUCUUGUUACCCAGGCUGGAGUGCAAUGGCAUGAUCUUGGCUCACCGCAACCUCUGUCUCCUGGGUUCAGGCAAUUCUCCUGCCUCAGCCUCCUGAGUAGCUGGGAUUACAGGCAUGCGCCACCAUGCCAAGCUAAUUUUUUGUAUUUUUAGUAGAGACGGGGUUUCACCAUGUUGACCAGGAUGGUCUCGAUCUCUUGACCUUGUGAUCCACCCGCCUUGGCCUCCCAAAGUGCUGGGAUUACAGGCGUGAGCCACCGCGCCCAGCCCCAAUUAUAGGUUCAUAGCCAUGUCCUGCUUCACUAUGAUGGGUGGAUGAGGGGAUGGGAUAUCCCAGACCCCAAGUAGAGUCCAUGCCACCCCAAGACACUUCAUGGCACCUGGGACAUCUAAGCACCACUCUUAUCACCUGGCAUGGGAUAUAUCAUAAUUCCAGUAACAAUUAUACUAUGCCUUUUAUUCAUAAUCACUCAGAUCAGUGCCUGAUUUGCACUGCCCAUCCAUGUGUUUUCCUUAUGGGAACCAGUAUUUCCAUUACACCUCAAAACUCCAUGUUUGUGACCCAAGUGCAGGGACAAGCCUGGUUCGCCCCAUGUAUUACUAAUUACCGUAUAUCUAGUUUUAAGUGUUACUAGUGUCAUGGUAUUAUGGAGACAGUCUGAGACAUUUCUGCCAGUCAGUUUGAGGUGAGAUUGGCAAGGUUUCUCUGCUCUUGCCUCCCUAGAACAUGCCUUGUCAUGCCACGUCAGACACCAAAGAUUCAUAGGUACACUAGCCUUUAUAGGCUCAGCCAUAGUCAUCGUAGCCACUACUAGUGUCACUGUUGGAUUUAUUACUGAAUCAGUACAAACAGCUACCGGUGUAGAUAACUUGGCCAGAAAUGUAUCUAAUGAACUUCUCUUACAGCAGGGUAUAGAUCAAAAAAUUAUUGCACAUCUGCAAGCCCUUGAUGCUGCCUUGGAAUAUGUAGGGGAAUGACACGAUGCGCUGGCACUCCAACAGCAAUUAAACUGUGACUGGGAGCAUAAGCAUAUCUAUGUCACCUUUCUACCCUGGAAUCAAUCAAUACAUAGUUAGGAUGAGAUGAAACACCACCUCUGGGGAAUCUUAUAUGAUAAUUUAACCACAGAUGUAAAGCAACUUAAAACUAAAAUUCUAGAAUCCCUAAAUGCCAUAAAUCUACAUGCUCAACAUACAGCCAUAUAUGGAGGGAUGCAGAAGAACAUCUCUCCUAGAUAGACGCCCCCCACUCCUGGGGGGGUCAUUCCUUAAUUAGGAAAAAAUAUUACUGAUUAUACUCACAUUUGUCUCAUGUUAUUUGCUAAUUCUAGGAUGCAAAGCCGAAAAAUGAGCAAUGACUACUUCGCCUGACAAACCUGUUACUGCACACAUCUGUACUCUUCAAUCAACAAAGCCUAAUGAAAAAAAAAAAAACAGAAAAGGGGGAGAUGUAUGUAGGAGAGGGGUCAGGGUGGUGGGAGAAAUUACCAGAACAGAACACAAACCCUGGAAGGUUGGAAGGUUUUGCAAAAGCUUCAGGAGAGAAUAAAAGCUGAAGGCAGCUGAGUCUCUUACCCCGAGGCUAAGGGCAAGGGGUAGGUAACAAGGGAGUGUACAGGAAUUUAUCUAGAUAAGUUUGUUUCUGUCUCCAGAACGCAACACUUGAUAAUCUGUGCCUGUGCAAGACUGCUCCCUGAAAGGUGGGGAACAACAACGUUAAUUACCCACAAAUUGUGUUUGCUCCAGGCCUUUGUCAUUAAAUCCGUACUGCAUAAAUACAAGCAGCUCUGGCUUAUCAGGACUGUCUCUCUUUGGCAACACAAAGCUGGCGGUCCCCUAGCUUUGUUUCACAGCCUGCCUGUGUCUGAGUAUUUCUUUCAUUCAUCACUUGGCCAGAGUCUGCAGGGCAGACUCAGCAGUUACCCACCUUAGCUAGACUAAGAAAGUUCUAGUUUUUCCUUCUCCCCGCUUCCCUGGGGUUUUUCCUUAAGUAUUCUAGGCCUAGGGUUCAGAUCCUUUAGUCAAGAUGUCACAAGUUUAAAAACAAAACUUGAGGAACUACCAAAGGUAUAGGAGUUGUUCACUUUGUUGAAAUUCAUUAGAGAAGACUUACUAACAGUUGUAUUUUUAGGUUCAACGGAUAAUUUCUUUUUCUCCCCUUUCCCCAAAUUACAUUCAGCAUUUAAAGCUGUUUAUGGCUUGCCAUCAGCAUUAUUCUGUUAGGAUUGUUAGUGUUAAAAUCUGUUGUUUUUUUUUUAAGACUCUUAAAGUCUAGAUGAAUUCAGAUGUUGACCAGAAUGUGAAUUUUACAUAAUGUUCUUGAUUAAAAAGAUUUGUUUGUAAAUUACCUGUUGUUUUUGCAUAUGCCCAGUUGAUGUGAUAAAAUUUUCAUUGCCUUACCAUAAAGCCUUGGUGAUCAGCAGGUAGAAUGCAGCUAUUGUAAAGCUUUUCAUUAAUUUUAAAAGUGCAAAAUAAAGCAACCAUAUUUAA